UGGGGUUUUGGGGCUCUGCGGAGUGAGACUGGGGAUCCUCGGGGUCUGGAGAGCGGGACUGGGGAUCCCCGAGGCUCCGGGAGCGGCCAGCGGCGCCUCUGCUCUUCUCCUGCCCGCGCCGGGCCGCCCGUACUCCCUCCUUGUUUGGAUUCCGGGCAGGGGAACAUGAAGGUCAUCACCUGUGAAAUCGUGUGGCAUAAUAAGGAGCCGGUUUACAGCUUGGACUUCCAGCAUGGAGCGGAUGGGAGGAUCAAUCGCCUGGCCUCGGCAGGGGUGGACACGGCCGUGAGGAUCUGGAAGGUGGAGAAAGGCCCGGAUGGAAAAGCCAUCGUGGAGUUCCUGUCCAACCUGGCGCGCCACACCAAGGCCGUGAACGUCGUGCGCUUCUCUCCCAGCGGGGACAUCCUGGCCUCAGGAGGGGAUGAUGCUGUCAUUUUGCUGUGGAAGCUGAAUGACAGCAAAGAGUUGGAGCCGUUGGUUUUUCAGGAUGAUGAUGAAGCUCAGCUCAACAAGGAGAACUGGGCAGUCAUUAAAACUUUGAGAGGCCACUUGGAAGAUGUGUAUGAUAUUUGUUGGACCUCAGAUGGGAAUUACAUGGCAUCUGCUUCUGUGGAUAACACAGCAAUCAUGUGGGAUGUCAAUAAAGGACAGAAAGUUUCAAUAUUUAAUGAGCACAAGAGUUAUGUCCAAGGAGUAACCUGGGAUCCUCUGGGCCAGUAUAUUGCAACCCUGAGUUGUGACAGGGUCCUGCGAGUUUACAGCACCCAAACCAAGCGAGUGGCCUUCAAUGUCACCAAGAUGCCAUCGGGGUCGGGAGCUGAAGGAGAGGCGAGGAGCUUUCGGAUGUUUCACGAUGACAGCAUGAAGUCGUUCUUCCGCAGGCUCAGCUUCACUCCUGAUGGCUCCUACCUGCUCACUCCAGCUGGCUGUGUGGAAUCAGGAGAGAACGUUACAAACACCACCUAUGUUUUCUCCAGAAACAAUCUUAAAAGGCCCGUGGGUCACCUGCCCUGUCCUGGCAAGGGCACUCUGGCUGUUCGCUGCUGCCCCGUGUACUUUGAGCUGAGAGGAGCCUCUGCUGAAGAUGAAAUCAGCCCCAAAACCCCCCCUGCCCUGUUCAGCCUCCCCUAUCGAUUGGUGUUUGCUGUUGCUUCAGAAGAUUCUGUGCUUUUUUAUGACACUGAGCAGUCCUUCCCCUUUGGUUAUGUCUCCAACAUCCAUUACCACACCCUGAGUGACAUUUCAUGGUCCAGUGAUGGAUCCUUCCUGGCCAUUUCCUCCACGGACGGGUACUGCUCCUUCGUCACCUUCGAGGAGGGUGAGCUGGGAGUGCCCCUGAAGGAGAAGCCCCAGAUCCAUGUCAGGACUCCUGGAGCAGCAGCAGACAAGAAAGCCAAGAAGAGCCAAUCCCACAAAGUGAUUUCCCCAGGCUCCAGGCUGCCAGAGGGGACCCCUCCCAGCAAGGAUCCCCCAGUGCAACCCCGAACCCCCAGCACUGCUGGGAAGGAGCUGCCUUCAACCCCUGUGGGCAUCAAAAGCACCCCAGUGCCAUCCCCUUCAACCCCUGUGGGCAUCAAAACCACUCCAGUACCAUCCCCUUCAACCCCUGUGGGCAUCAAAAGCACCCCAGUGCCAUCCUCAGAGGAGAGGAGGAGCAGCCAAGCAGGCACCCAGAGCAGCAGAGCCCCCCAGCCCAGGAGGGUCACCCUCACCACUCUGCAGUCCUGUUUCAAAACACCCAGGAGAAUAAACUUGAUUUCCUUGAAGCCAGACACCCCAGCCUCUGCAUAUCCAGACCCAGCCCCCAUCCCUCCUUCCUCAGAACAGGAGCAUGAGAAGCCAUUGCCAUCUGAUGAGAGCCUGCAAGCUCCCCCAGCCCCAAAACGUGCCAGGACUGAGGAAUUGUCCCUUCCUGCACCUGCUGGAGACCAAACCAGCUGUGAGUCCAACAAGUAAAGGCUGAGCACACCCCUCCCAGCCUGAAGUCAAAGCAGCCAUGUCUGAGCGCAUUUCUUUUUGCAAAGAUUCAAUCCUCAAUUCCCAGUCCAAGUUCCCUGUGCAGGUUUGAUGUAAAAACAUCAACAUUUCUGUGAAGAAACUGCCACUAGAAGAACCAGGUUUCAGGAAUGUGGUUCUGCAGCAGGAGAAACAGUUGGGAAGUGACUUCAAGUGUAGGGAAAUCUGGGGAUUAAAAAUCCAUCCAGUAAGAUGUGAGUCUCCAUCAGAGUCCCUAAAUCAUGUUUAGAAAGCAUUAUGCCUUCCAGUAACUGUCUGGCAAAAAGAAUCCAAUGCAUUCAUAAGAUUUGAUGUGGUUCAAGACCUAAAAAAAAGAGGAAAAUGUGUCCUUGCAGCCUUUUGGGUUAUUUCUGGUGUAAAAUGAUGCUGCCCAGUGGAGCUGAUUCACUCUGAGCUCAGCACAAAGCUCAGGACUGGCACGUGGAAGCAGAAAUGGGAAGAUUUAACUGCAAGGAACAAGAAAGCAAAAGGAAGAAAUCCUCUGAAGAGCUGCUGGAAGAAUGAGACAGCAGAAAGUUCUACUUGUUUAAUUUCUGGACUUCAAAAAGAAAUGCAGCUGUGAGAUUUUCCUGAGGCAGCAGGAUUUGAGUGUGUACAUGGAAAUUUCCCCUUUUUCCCCAACUCCCUUAGCCAAUAAAACACAAUCCAGUGGAUGGGAAACUUCUACACCUAAAAUUUCUUUUUACCAUUUAAUACUUCAUAAAAGCAGAAAUACAAAUGGUCCAGAAGUGACUCACAAAAGUCUCAGAGGGAGGAAAUAUUAACCAACACCUCUGUCAGUCCUUCAGGCAAAUGAACUCUUGCCUCCAAUUAAAUUUCAACAAUUAAUAAGCAAAAAGUUGUAGGAAACUCGGUGGGAUCUUUGUUUUCUCACUGUGAUGAGCAUGGAUCUUCAUUAGACUUAAUUAAAGCUGAGUUUUCUUCUAGUGAAGAAUUACAAAGAGAUCAUUCUUACAUUUCUUGGGUAUCAAGUGGAUUUUGUAAUUUUUCAGAUGGGUUUCAAAUAGAACUUGCAGUUUUUCAGAUGGGUUUCAAAUAGAUUUUGCAAUUUUUUAGAUUGAUUUCAAGUGGAUUUUGUAAUUUUUCAGGUGGGUUUCAAAUAGAAUUUACAUUUUUUAACCUGGGUUUCAAAUAGAAUUUGCAAUUCUUCAUAUGGGUUUCAAAGAGAACUUACAAUUUUUUGGAUGAGUUUCAAAUAGAAUUUGCAAAUUUUUAGAUGGGUUUCAAGUGGAUUUUGUAAUUUUUCAGGUGGGUUUCAAAUAGAAUUUACAUUUUUUAACCUGCGUUUAAAAUAGAAUGUGCACUUUUGAGAUGGCUUUCAAAUGGAUUUUGCAACUUUUCAGAUGGACUUCAAAUAGAAUUUGCAAUUUUUCAGGUGAGUUUCAAAUCGAAGUUGCAAUUUUUCAGGUGGGUUUCAUUUCAAACAGAUUUUGCUGGGUUUUGGAUGAGUUUCAAA